CCAGCUGCAGGACAGGCAGAAGUUCAACAGGGGAAGCUCGACCGGUGGGGUUGCAGCCUUUCUCGGCAGCGCAUACAAAACCCAGGCUCUGCCGCUGGGGAUGCCGGCCCCGAGUGCGGGUGAGGGUGCCGCCCUCGCCGAGCGGGCCAAGGAGGCUCUGCAGACGGACCUCCUGGCCGCCGACCUCAAGUGCAGCUUCUUCGUCUCCGCCCUGCAGAGCUACAAGCGGGAUUCCGCCCUCCGGCCCUUCCCGGGCUCAUACGCCACCGAGGAAGCCAAGGACUUUGAGGCUUUGCUUGCAGACGCAAAUGCAUUGGUGAGCCUGAAAGAGCUCCUUGCGUCUCCCCAGAACGCAGCCCAAAGGACCUGGGACCUGCUGGCCUGGAUCCUGUCUUCCAAGGCCUUGACCAUCCACAGUGCCAACAGAAAUGAGUAUAAGAAGAUCCAGGAGCUGACUGGAGUGCCCAGCGUUGCGGUCCCUGCGCCGGAUUUCUUGUUCGAAAUCACCUACUCCGGUCAGCUGGAUGCCAAGUUUGAGGAGACCCGGGGAGGAAGGGACCUCAUCUAUGCAUUCCACGGGAGCCGCCUGGAAAACUUCCACUCCAUCGUACACAACGGUUUGCAGUGCCAUUUAAACAAGACGUCCUUGUUUGGGGAAGGCACCUACCUGAGCAGUGACCUGGGCCUCGCUCUCCUCUAUAGCCCCCACGGACUUGGCUGGCAGCACAGUGCCCUGGGCCCCGUCCUGAGCUGCGUGGCCGUGUGCGAGAUCAUCGAUCACCCGGAUGUCAAAUGCCAGGUGCAGAAGAAAGAUUCUAAGGAAAUCGACAAGAAGAGAGCCCGGGUGCGGAACAGCGAGGGAGGCGACGUCCCCCAGAAGUACUUUGUGGUUACGAACAACCAGCUCAUACGGGUUAAAUACUUGCUGGUGUAUUCCCAGAAACAGCACCGGAGGCCCGCCGGUCAGUCUUGGUUUUCGAAGCACUGCUUUGCCAUUUCAAUGACUUUCUACCUGCUCCUGUUGGUCGCCAUCGGGGCCUGCAAUUCCCCCACUUUCGCCUACUACUGGAACAAGAUUUUCGAUGUAGAACAAUGAACGUCUAGCCCCGGCGGGGACGCCGGCUUUCCACCACGUGCCUUA